AAACCUAUAGAAACACGUCAUCAGUCGCGCCUGCGGAUGUUCCUGCACUUAUCAAUAAAUAACUAAGGAAUCAACUCAUAUAAUCACAAUCUGAUCACUGAGCCAGACCACCGGUGAAAAUGUCUGUGAAGAUUCUCUCCGUCACUCUCCUCCUGCUCUCACUGUGUGUGUGCUUCAGCUCCUCUGCAGGUAUGCGUGGUCCUACGAGGAAACGCCCGUGCUGCGUUGAUGUUACCAACCUCGAUAUGAGCCCUGAGGUGGUCGGCGAGACAUAUCGCGAGCAGGCUUCAUCCCAUCCCUGUGUGAAGGCUAUAAUUUUCAACACAGAAUAUGGUCAGCUUUGCUCCGAUCCAAAAGCUCAGUGGGUCCAGGAUCUCACUGCCAAAAUGAAGAAGGUGCAGUGAA